AUGGCAAAAAGUUUUAUUGCUUUGUCUUUAUUUAUCCUAUUUAAUGUUGCCAACGCCGCGCUUCCAGGGACAUGGCCGGCGGUCGAUCAACCUGUAGCGGCAGUUGCUGCUUGGAGUUCCCUGGUUGAUAUGUCAAAAGUAACAAAAGCUCCUCAACUUAAUCAGACUACGACUUGUGCACAAGUUUCGAGCUUUUGUCGAUCUCCCUGUGGUUGUAAUCGCCCCAGUGAUAUCCUCAAUUGUCCAACCAAAAAAGAUUGGGGUCUUUCGUUCGAUGAUGGUCCUUCGCCCUAUACAUCGAGAUUGGUAGAUUUCUUAGAUUCUCAAAAGAUAAAGGCUACGUUCUUCGUAGUGGGCUCCCGCGUAUAUCAAUUCCCAGAAGUUCUUAAGAAAAUAUAUGACAGUGGUCAUGACAUUGCGGUUCAUACAUGGUCACAUACGGCUCUUACAAGUUUAUCAAACGAACAGAUCAUUGCAGAAAUAAAGUACACUGAAUUAGCAAUCCAGCAAGCAAUAAAUGUUACGACUCGCACUGUGCGACCGCCAUAUGGUGAUUGUGACGACCGUGUUCGCGACAUUCUUGGACAACUGGGUUAUAAAAUAAUUUUAUGGGACCGUGACGCUUCAGACUUUCUGGCUAAUAGCAAUCCUAAUUUUAACGUCAAUUGGAUUCCUGGCAACUUUACUCAAUGGAUAGCUACUGACACUGGUACAACCGGACAUAUCUCUCUGGAACAUGAUUUGUAUCAAAAGACAGCUCUGGCAGCCGAGAGCGUCGUGCCUGUUCUUCAAAAAGCUCAGUAUAAUAUAGUGCCAGCGGCUACUUGUACCACUCCAGGUGCCACCUCAACAACCUCGAACACUACUACUGAUGCUGCUACUUCUACACCUGCGUCAAUCAGUAAUGAUCCGCAAUCAGGUUCAUCCCAAUCAAAUGCUGUAUCGUUAGACAAAAGCAUAGCGUCCUUAUUUACUACAUGUCUAAUAACUGUUCUACUUUUUUAUCAAACAUUUUUAUGA